AUGAAGCACAGGAAUCGUGGGCAGUGUCUCAUCUUCAACAACAAGACUUUCGACUCCUGUACGCGACUUAACGAGCGGAGGGGUACGGAAGCCGAUGCCCGAGAUCUUGCCGGCGCUUUCCGGUCACUGGACUUCAAUGUCUCCAUUUAUGAGAACCCAUCCGCCAAAGAGAUUACUUCCACUCUCGACAGAGGCGAUCAGUGCCCCACUCUGGCCUCUAAGCCCAAGAUAUUCUUCAUUCAGGCCUGUCAGGGCGACCGAUUGGACGAAGGAGUGGCUGUUCGCCAAUCUUUCGACGUGACCGAUGCCGGACACGGCUACUACCGGAUCCCCAAUUAUGCGGACUUUCUCAUCGCCUACAGCACUGUCCCGGGGUAUUAUUCGUGGAGAAACACGACGCAGGGCUCGUGGUUUAUACAGGCGUUGACCCAUGUGUUGGGCAAACACUCGCAGAAUAUGGAUGUGCUCACUAUGAUGACUAUUGUCAACAGAUUAGUGGCCUAUGAUUACGAGUCCUGUGUUCCCAAUGACCCGAGCUUUCAUCAGAAGAAGCAGAUCCCGUGCGUCACAUCGAUGCUGACGCGACUCAUCUACUUUAUACCCAAAGCUUAACGUUAGUUAAGACUUAAUUUAAUCCAUAAAACCAUAAAUUCGUUGAAAUUUAGACAAGUG